GUUAUACUGGUUUAUACUGGGCCGUGCUGGGGCCGUCCUGGCGCUUGGGGCCGUGCGUCCGCGCUGCCAUGGAGCGCUUCGUGGCGGGGAGCCGGGCGGCUCUGCAGGAUCACAUCCGGCAGCACCAGGAGAUCCACGUGGUGAUGGGCAACGAAGCCUGCGACCUGGACUCCACCGUCUCCGCGCUGGCCCUGGCCUAUUUCCUUGCCCAGACCGCCCCGGCUCCCAAAGCCGCCUUCGUGCCGGUGCUCAACAUCCCCCGCGCCGACUUCGCGCUGCGGACGGAGACGACGUUCCUGCUGCGGGACCGGGGCAUCCCGGCCGCCUCGCUGGUGUUUCGGGACGAGAUCGACCUGGGGGGGCUGCACCACGCCGGGCUGCUGUCCCUGACACUGGUGGAUCACCACGUCCUGCCCGGCGCUGACGCUGCCCUGGAAGAGGCCGUGGUGGAGGUCCUGGACCACCGGCCGCUGGAGCGGGACCGUGGUGCCCCGUGCCGGGUGACCGUGGAGCCCGUGGGCUCCUGCGCCACGCUGGUGACCGAGCGGAUCCUGCAGGGCCCCCCGGGCGUGCUGGACAGAACCACGGCCGCGCUGCUGCACGGCACCAUCCUGCUGGACUGCAUCAACCUGAGCCCGGCGGCGGGCAAGGUGACACCCAGGGACGUGGCCUGCGUGUCCCUGCUCGAGGAGAGGUUCCCGGAGCUGCCGGCCCGCGACGCCGUGUUCGGAGCCCUGCAGGCGGCCAAGUUUGAUGUCACAGGGCUGACGACAGAGCAGAUGCUGCGGAAGGACCUCAAAGUCCUCUCCAAUGACGAGGCUGUCGUCGCCAUCAGCGGCGUCUUCGAGGACCUGGAAACCUUCCUGCUCCGGCCCGGCUUGCUGCAGGACCUGGAGGCUUUCUGCCAGGCCCGUGGCUACGCGGGGCUGGUGGCCAUGACCGUGUCCUUUAACGACCGCCACGAGCCCACCCGAAAGCUGGCCGUCUACAGCGCGCACGAGCCCCUCCGCAGCACGCUGUGCCGGGCGCUGGAGGAGGCGACGACGCCGUCGCUGCUGCUGCGGCCGCUGCCCAGCCCCUGGCCCUGCGUGGCCGCCUACGCCCAGGGCAACGCCGUGGCCGCUCGUAAGAAGGUGCUGCCCAUCCUGCGGGCAGCGCUGGGGGGGCUGGGGGCUGCCGGGAGCCCCGAGGAAGAGGUGGUGCCCCCGCCCACCCCCAUGAACAGCCUGGUGGAGGAGUGUCCCCUGGCGCAGGCCGUGCCCCCGCUGUGUCCCCAGGAUGUCCUGGAGAGGGUCAGCCGCAUCGCCGGGGGGCAGCCCCCCGGCUCCCCGAAAUAGCAGCAGGAGCCCUCGUGGCUUUUCGAGGUCUGGAUGAGAAGUUGGGGUCCCUGAGCAGGCCCCCGUGGUGGGGGGGUUGCAGCUGCCUGUGUCAGAGCUCAGCUCGGGGUUUGUCCCCCCCCAGAAUGGCUCCCUCUGCCCCAGCGGUCCCCGGGGUGGGUUUUUGGGGGUGCCGUGGGCAGGAGUUGCACCCCCUUGAUGAAGGCGUUGGGGUGGGGAGUUAACGAGUUCUUGGUGAUCUUCCUCGGGGGGCAGAGGGGGGCCCCAGAGGCUGGGUCCGGACGUGCAGCCGUCCAGAACUGUCGCCGUUUUCCAAGGAUUAAAUUCCCCUUUUCUUCCA